AUGGCAGGGUGUUUAAUUAGCGUCAUUUUGAUAUUCGGAUGGAUGGGUGCACAACGGAGGUACUUGCGGAAUUAUACCCAUGCAUAUACCGAAUUAUAUCCAAACGCGUCUCAAAUCGUUGUUCGGUGCAACCCCGACAUAAUAUGGAGUAAAAUCAGUACUAUACAACAGCGUCUCACGCCUGUUAUUGAUGCAUUGGAGGCAUUGCAUUGCUUGCCAUCCUCUAAAUCCUCUGUACAAAGGCGUCCCCGAAUACUAACCCACGUGUUUUCCGGUGGAGGCUCACUGCAAAUGACACAUCUUGGUCACAUGCUACAGCAGAAAUAUGGUUCUGUAUGCGCCCAAUGGUCAUUCACGAGCGCAUUGAUCCUGGAUUCAUGCCCAUCAAUUGUCAACUUCAAUACAAUCAAACUCGCGUUCAGCGCUUUGGUCCAGAACCCAAUUAUCAGACCCGUCGUACUCACCUUCAUAUCCACGGUGUACUUCAUCCGCUUCUGCCUAUCUCUCCUGUUUGGUAAGCGAAUGAUGUUGGUGUCAGACAUCUACGCCGACAUGCAGAAUCCCCGCGUCCUGCCAUGGAUGGGCCUCCACACUCCCCGCCUCUACCUUUUCUCGCGCAAGGAUAGAUCGAGUCCGUGGCAAGAGGUCAUGCACCAUGCCGAGACAGCAAAGGAACUCGGAAUGGAUGUUCGGUGUGAGCUAUUUGAAGAGAGCGACCAUGUGGCACACAUGCGGGCCGAGCCAGAGAGGUAUUGGACUCUGGUACAAGAGGUUUGGGUGGUUGCAAUUUCCAAGGAGAAAGGCGAGCAGAGAAUAUCGCAAACUCCGCCAGCUCAGUGGCGUCGCAGCUUCCUUUAG